AUGACAUCUGUUGUUGCAGUGGGCAUUGGCGUUGCCGCGGCCGCUUUCUUUGGUCGCGCUGGCCUGGUUGCUCUCCGCCGCUACAGGGGGGGCGUCAAUGCUAUGGGAAGAGCAUUCUACAAGGGAGGCUUUGAACCCCGCAUGAACCGUCGCGAAGCCGCUUUGAUAUUAGAACUCUCUGAGCGAACCCUUACCAAGGACAAAGUCCGCGCAAACCACCGAAAGCUGAUGUUGCUCAACCACCCGGACCGUGGCGGCAGCCCGUACCUCGCGACAAAGAUCAACGAGGCGAAGGAGCUUUUGGAGAAGACCUCUUAAGCGAGAACACGAAAUAGACCAAUAAACACGCAAAGCCAAACACGCCUUUGCGCAUGUGGCGUGGGAAUCCCUUAUAGACCUAAAGCAGCGAACUGUCCCCCUUUACAUCUUGGAAUUUUCUCUGGUUUCUGCAUAGCACGGCGUUGGUGGGUGUUUUAAGAUAUACAUAGAUGAAAUACGCUUGAUUCGGCGGAGUAUCUGCGCAUCAUGGAGACGUCUCCUCUCUUCUUCACGUCGGAUACCAAUACCUUGCGGGGAUCGGAUCAGACUUGGGAGCCCGUCCGACCGUGAAUGGCUACUUUUUUCGUUUUUAUUCUGGAGUGUGCUUGUUCAAGAUCUGAGCUUUGCUUGGCUGAACACGAGUGUAUAUUAAGAUUGAAAUUUCCCGAACUCACGUCAUAAUAAUAUCAGGCCCGCUCUUUGGAUGACAUCU